AUGUGUCUCGAAGGCGGGUCGAGACCUUCUUGCAUUUUUGAUUAUCUCAAAACUCUAAGUGUGAACGAAUUCGAUGAGUUAUAUAAUCAUCCUCCAACUUGUCUCAUUGUCUUCAGAGAACUUAAAGAGCACGCUCAACAUGUUGUUCUUCGGUUACUCUUGCUAGAUCAGGCUAUACCGAAGUCAAUUAUUAGUGGAUGGGUUCCAAAAGGCUCUCAGGAUUUAAUGAAAUCAUCCUGUAGAGAUCUCUUGGAUUUGUAUAUUUUACAAAGCAUUGAUAGCAAUAGUGCUCGAGGCUCAUUCAGAUUGAACAAGAAAUUUCAAGAAAAUAUGAAAAUAUCUCUUCUUGGAGGUGGCAAACCAUUGUUGAGUGAUUUCGGCUCUAUCACGGCUGAGAAGCGUCCGAAAGAUGCUGAGUUUCUCGACAAUUAUGCUUCCGAAAGGUGGGACACUAUUUUACAUUUCAUGGUUGGCUCCAAAACCGAUGAAGUCAGUAGCGUCGUCAAGGAUGUUUUAUUAAAAUCUGAAUUGAUGAAAUCAGGUGGCCCUGGAGACUCCAUUGGCAUUUCACAAGCAGGCUUCCAGUUCCUUCUCAUGGAUAGACCGACUCAAAUUCUGCGAUUUAUCCUUCAUUAUUUUGAUUAUCUGAAGGCACAGGGGAUUAGCAUUAUGGAAACUAUCCAUUUUGUCUUUCAACUUAGUUUUCUUACUGUUGGAAAGAGUUAUCCAAUUGACCAAUUAACAGAUACCGAGAGAGCAAUGUUGUUGAUUAUGCGGGAAUUAGGUCUGGCUUAUCAGCGUAAGAGAGCGGCUCCUAGAUUUUAUGUGACUAAACUGGCGCUGAGUUUCGCAUUGGGGUCGAAGGCUUCGUCAACUGUUUUGCACAGUGUCCUAGAAGCUGAACCUGACUCUCUCUUCUCAACCGCCCGUCUGCCUACGGGAAUCUCCCUUCGCAGUUCAACUGAUGGUGGUGGUGAUGCAGGAGAUAUCGGUUACAUUGUCGUGGAAACAAAUUUCCGUGUAUAUGCGUAUACGGACUCGGUCCUCAAGACUUCCCUUCUGAGUCUAUUUUGUAAGAUUCGCAUACGUUUUCCAAAUAUGAUCGUCGCUGAUAUUACGCGAGAAUCUGUUCGAGAGGCUCUACUAAGGGGUAUCAGUUCACAACAGCCCUUUAGUUGA